AUGGAUGAUCCUUCUCAUUCUGGAGUGGAUGCAGGUGUUUCACCAGUUAAGAAAAACAAAAAAGGAAAGUUCGUUUGCUCUCGUCAAAAGGAAACAAUAAUUAAUGUAUACAAAUCAAUACUGUUACAACAACCAAAAAUUAAAUAUAUGGACUUGGUUCUAAGCGUUUGCAAAACAACUGGUGUCGGUAGGAAUACAGUUAGUAAAACCAUUUCGGAUUAUAAAAAUGAAGGCGUAUUAAAGUCUCCGAAUAAAACCAAAAUCAGGGCUUCAGUAUUCGAAAAAACUGACGAUUUCGAAAAGAAUGCUGUGCGGCGAAAAGUCCAUGACUUUUGGUUUAGACGUGAAUUACCGACUAUUGAAAAAAUACUGACUUCAAUUAACGAAGACCCUGACCUUCCAAAUUUUUCUCAUACAACAUUGUACCGUUUAUUGAAAAAGUUAAAUUUUACGUUUACUAAGAGAGGUCGUAAUAGUGCUAUGCUUGAAAAAGAAGAAAUCGUCAUUUGGAGAAAUAAAUAUUUAGAAAACGUGCGUAAAUAUCGAGAGGAAGGACGGACCAUUUACUACCUGGAUGAAACGUGGGUAAACGCAGGUGACGUUUCAAACAAAAUAUGGGUAGACAAUACAAUUGAGUCUGGCAGAGACGCAUUCCUGAAGGGUCUAACAGUCGGUGCUACCAACCCAAGUGGCAAGGGCAAGCGUUUAAUUGUCCUGCACAUUGGUUCGGAAGAAGGAUUUGUUCCGGGCGGACUAUUAUCAUUUGAGUCUAAAACCAAAUCAAACGAUUACCACGAUGAAAUGAAUGGGAAUACCUUUUUUGAGUGGAUACAAAGAGUUUUACCAUUACUUAAGGACAACUCUGUUAUUGUGAUGGAUAACGCUCCCUAUCAUAGUGUGAAGGCUGAGUUGUGUCCAACACUUAAUUGGAAAAAGGCCGACAUUGAGAAGUGGUUAGAUGAAAAAGGAGAGGUCUACGACAAACCACUUAUUAAGGUACGACUUAUGGAAAUAGUUAAUCGCAUAAAACCUCGUUAUAACAAGUAUGUUAUUGACGAAUAUGUAAAGAAACACAAUAGGGUGGUAUUACGGUUACCACCCUAUCAUUGUGAACUCAACCCUAUUGAGUUGGCAUGGUCGGUCGUGAAAAAACACGUUAAAAUGAACAAUUCCACAUUCAAACUGCAGGACGUGCAUAAGCUCCUCCACGACGGUAUCGACCGAUGCACUCCUGAAAUGUGGACAAAUUUCAUUAGCCACGUAAAAAAAGAAGAAGAAAAAUUUUGGAAGAUAGAUUUCAUUGUGGAUGACAUAAUGGAUAAUAUGGGAUACACUCCAAUGACCAUCACAGGAGAAACCUCAUCAGAUUCCGAAUCUUAA